AUGAAACCGCUUUCCGUCCUGGGCGACGCAUUGCAAAAGUGCGGAACGGGCACAGCGAGCAACGGCUCCUUUCUCGGCGAUGGAUUCUGCACCGAAUCUGACGACUAUCAGAGUGCACACAGCUGCUUCUCACGACCCCAACCCCAUCGUUUGAAAGGCACGAGCAGCAACGGAAAGAAGCAAGGUCGCAAAUCAAGAUCAACGCUGUUGCGUUUAAUAUUCGCAUGAAGUUCUAAAUCUAUCUUGUUCCGCAGCUGCGCGUGCUCUUGCACACGGACCGUAGUUAUUGUUUGAGGUUGUUCCGAAAGUUGUCAUGCAGACACUGGUGCUUAAACCCAAAGAAAAGAUUAAGAUGUGGAUUUGGUAUUCUCAACAUUGACAUUCUGUGUGAAGAGGACAAAUGAAGGUGAGGAGGCCGCGUUGUGCACUCGGAUAGCGGCGACCUGUGCAAGCGGGCGAUCUGCGCAAAGCCGAACAGCGCGUUUCUCAAGCAAGAAGCGAAGCUGUACAAGGGCAAGUGCACCGACGGUUUUGUAUCCACUGCAAAUAGGUCGAUGUCCACGACAUUCAUUUACAAGCUCGUGAAGAUGCUUUCCGCGGAUGAUCACGCAAACAGAAACAUCUCCUAUCACUAUUUUGUACUUGCAGUAGCGGAGCAGGAGCAAAAGCAGCGGUCCGUUAUUUUGGACCUGCUGAGUAGAACAAGAGAUUGAUUUCUCGUGCAGAUAAUUCGGGAUUACAAAGACCGUCCAGGUGAAUCUGUGAUGCUGACGCUCCUGCCGGAUUCCAGCUUUCGUGGGGCAUGGAAAAUCUGCAUGGAAAACUACACUAGAAACAUCUGCACUCACCGAGAAAAAUCAGAUUAUAUGCUCACUGACGAAGUAAAAGAAUCUAUUUGCAAUGCAUAUGUUGGGCUCCGAGACGACUGGCAGUGCAUGUGCGGUGUAACCAUCCGGGAGAUGGUCAGCCAGGGCGGCGGCUCGGUGCAAAUCGACCGCAGUGCGACACUAUGCAUUGCAAAAGUAUCGUUCUAGUAAGUAGUAUUGCAAACUUUCCUCGCAGGGAAAUUGGAAUUUGUAUAUGCUGACGCACUUAACGUUAGGUCGAUUUGCAUUUGUAGUCGUCAUGCAUAAUUUUUGUCCUGGUCGUGAUUACUACCGUACGGGCACGAUAGAUACUUCUGCAAAAAUGGAUAGACGCCGGAAAGCCAGCACUGGCUGCACCUGAAGUGGCUGGAAAAGAAGUAUCCGCAGCGCGUUCAGUACUUGAAAAGUUCGAGCGAAAUAUGGCCCGCCCAGGUUUGUAAUCUCACCUGUAUAUCAAAAUAGAAACGCAGAUUUCGAUUUGUGUUUGUGAUGCAAGAAGUGCACAGUUGUGAUCUGGCCUGCUCUCACAGGAAUGAAUGCACAUGACAAUUUCGUCUGGAUCUAGAGCUGGAGUUGUCCCAAACCGCAUGAGAAUGGUGCGGCAAAAUUUGCAUUGCAAAAAGCGGAAGGGCAAGGGGAAGGACGCUGCUCUGUGUGUUUCUCAUGAUACUGAUGAUGCAAUAGAAAGUCAGGAAUUUGUUGCUAUCGUUUGAGAUUGCAGCACCUGAGCAGGUUAUACGAAGAUAACUGUGCCUCUUCCGCGGAGAAGGAGCGGCAGAUAUGCAAGAAGAAAAGAUUGUUUAGUGUAACCUUGUCAAGAUGUGCAAGAUGCAAAACCAAUAAAGCGGCUGGCUCUGUCAUGCUGGUCAUGCAUGACUGGCAGGCCCCAUGAUGAGAAGAUACCAAGCAUUGAAGUGCUUUUCUCGGACGUGCUACUUGCGCAUGAUACAAGAUUCUUUGCUGUCAUGCCGGACAGCUUUGUAAUGCUGUUCCUCCAAAACCAAAAUCAAAACGAAAGCAGUCAGAGUUACACUAUACACUCUUUUUUUCUUGGAUAGCAAGCCGACUACUACGAGUAUUUGUACCCCUGGAAUUGGGUCAAGAUAUUGCCGUGGUACUGGCUUUGAGACAUAUCAUAACGGAGUAGAACGCUGCUCGAGUAGGAGUUGUUGCACUGUCUCCUCCUGCGCUGGCGCAGAAAAUAAUCCACGCUCUCGUUGAUACACGAACCGUCAUUGUUGAAAAACAGUGUCGUGCGAUGAAGAAGUACAAGUACAUGCAAGAGCUUUAUUCCUUUUCCUCUUGUCCGCUCUGCGAGCCGAGCGAGAACUACAGAUCAAGCAUUGGCUGUGAGUUUCGUUAUUGGUCCACUGUCCUUGCGACUAAACCACAUUGGCAAGCGGAAAAAAAUAGAGACCCUGACGCUCUGAGACCCAAACCAGCGAAACACGACGGCAGCGUGGUUUUCUUGUGUUUAGAAUGACGAAAAAUAAAUACUCAUAGCAUCGUGAUUUCGAUUUCUCUUGUUUUUUG